AUGGGAAGAUCAGGCCGGUUAAACCUCAGCUGAAGGGAAAAAUCAGCCCCGACACCUGCUGCUGGGUAACUCGACAUUCUCCCCCAGAAGUGGCAUCCCGGCAGGCAGCAGGAAGUGGAUAUUGCCUAAACAUGGUGCAUGGAGCUGUGACUGUGAGCAUAUUUACACCAGAUUGGUUGCGGUACAAAUCAUCUUCUGACAUGAUUCCGGACUGUUAAAGAACUCGAUUCGGUUUCUAGUCUGGCUACGCUUCUCAAGUUUGCUCUCUCCCUCUCAAGAGAUACAGCCCGUGUGGAAAAGCGUGGAGGAUUUAUUCUCCUUUCUAGCGCAGUCACAUCUGGAAGCAGUCAAGGAGUCUACAGGGGAGGGGGUCUGGUCGUCAGAUCAUUGCAGAGAGGCUGCUGGUGUGCGCUCUCUCUCCGCAGGGCCACAGACUGUCUACUCCCCUUUCUCUCCAAUAUGGACUGGACGCGGCCGAUUCUGCACUCUGUUUCCUAACGAGGCGCGACGCAAACUACGCCUGUUGUGGAACAUCUCAGAUGGAAUCGAUCAUAUGUGAAGACUGAAGCCCGUGAGAUCUGGAAUAUACACACCUUUUACCUUUUGCUGCGCUUUCUGAAACGGUCUCUGAAACCAACGCCCGCUUCUCCUGCGCUUCUCCUGGCUCUCGCAGCAUCCUUUUUCGAACCGUUUCCGAGCGAAUCGCGCCGAUUUGAUUAUCGAUCAUCAGCAAGCGGCGCUGGUAUCAUGUUUCUUAGGUAGGGCCCGGAUGUUCCAAAGAUGCACUGGUUCGUUUUCUUAGGUGGUUCCUGCGAUUAUCCUUUCCUGAUCUUUAGCUCCAUAAUGGGGAUCAGGUAAUAUUAACUAAGCCGCAAGAGAAGGAAUAUCUUACGCUUUGCGUUUUUCAUUUUUUCGUCCCCCUUUUUUCUUUCAUUUCUUUCCCUUGGGUUGUUUUUUCCUACCCCCUCCUUUUUUACAACCUUUUCUUCAUUCACCUUCGGAUAAAGCUGGACCACAUAUAUGGUAAAUGAAAGCAAAAACAUGUACAUACCGGAGGACACCCUUGAAAACCAUCAAGGCUCCAACUAUUCCAGUCCGUCGUUGGCUCCAGUCCCCAGUCUGAAUGAGGACGAGCGUGUGGGGGGCGGGGGUGGGGUGCUGGGUCUUGCACCUGAACACAUUCCCACCCCUGGCGCCCCCCUCAGCUGGCAGGCAGCCAUCGACGCGGCGCGGCAGGCCAAGCUGAUGGGCACCACCGGAGCCCCGAUCUCCACUGCGUGCUCCACGCAGCGUAAACGCCAGCACUACACCAAACCCAAGAAACAGGCCACCACUGCCUCCACGCGCCCACCCCGAGCCCUUCUCUGCCUAACUCUUAAAAACCCCAUCCGCAGGGCGUGCAUCAGUAUUGUGGAAUGGAAACCGUUUGAAAUCAUAAUUUUGAUGACUAUUUUUGCAAACUGUGUGGCCUUAGCUGUCUACAUCCCUUUCCCCGAGGACGAUUCCAACGCAACCAACUCAAACCUGGAACGGGUGGAGUAUCUCUUUCUGAUCAUUUUUACGGUGGAAGCAUUUCUGAAAGUUAUUGCAUACGGGCUGCUGUGGCACCCUAAUGCGUACCUGCGGAACGGCUGGAACUUGUUGGAUUUCAUCAUCGUGGUGGUUGGGCUCUUCAGUGCAAUAUUAGAGCAGGCCACUAAAGGGGAUGGUGGGACUUCAAUGGGAGGCAAGGCUGCAGGGUUUGAUGUAAAAGCCCUGCGAGCCUUUAGAGUGUUAAGACCUCUGAGACUCGUAUCUGGAGUACCUAGUUUACAGGUGGUGCUGAACUCCAUCAUUAAAGCCAUGGUUCCCCUCCUGCACAUCGCUCUGCUCGUUCUGUUCGUCAUCAUUAUUUAUGCCAUCAUCGGCCUCGAGCUCUUCAUGGGCAAGAUGCACAGAACCUGUUUUUUCUUCAAAGAUGGACACAGAGGUACUAUAUCUGAAGAGAAGCCGGCCCCCUGCGCCCCAGGCACUGCCCAUGGACGCCAUUGCACCCCGGCCAACGUAACACAGUGCAUGAUGGGAUGGGCGGGCCCAAAUGAUGGAAUCACGAACUUUGAUAACUUUGCAUUUGCCAUGCUGACUGUGUUUCAAUGCAUCACGAUGGAGGGCUGGACUGACGUCCUGUACUGGAUGCAGGAUGCCAUGGGUUAUGAGCUUCCGUGGGUCUAUUUUGUCAGUCUGGUCAUCUUUGGAUCCUUUUUCGUUCUAAAUCUGGUUCUGGGUGUGUUGAGCGGAGAGUUCUCUAAAGAGCGAGAAAAGGCCAAAGCUCGCGGCGAUUUCCAGAAGCUCCGUGAGAAGCAGCAGCUAGAGGAGGAUCUGAAGGGCUACCUGGACUGGAUCACGCAGGCAGAGGAUAUCGACCCUGAGAACGACGACGAGGGACUGGACGACGACAAGCCUAGAAAUCUGAGUAUGCCGGCCAGUGAAAAUGAGUCAGUGAACACUGAUAAUGCUCCAGCUGGAGACAUGGAGGGAGAGACCUGCUGUACUCGCAUGGCAAAUAGGAUCUCCAAAUCCAAAUUCAGUCGAUAUUCACGCCGAUGGAAUCGGUUAUGUCGGCGCACGUGCCGUGCAGCAGUGAAGUCAAAUGUGUUCUACUGGCUGGUGAUUUUCCUGGUAUUUUUGAACACACUUACCAUUGCCUCUGAGCACCACCAGCAGCCAGAAUGGCUCACCAAUGUGCAAGAAAUCGCCAAUAAGGUGAUGCUGGCUCUUUUUACUGGUGAGAUGCUGCUGAAGAUGUACAGCCUGGGCCUACAGGCCUAUUUCGUCUCCCUUUUUAACCGCUUCGACAGUUUUGUGGUGUGCGGUGGAAUUCUGGAGACUAUCCUGGUGGAAAUAAAGAUCAUGUCACCCCUCGGCAUCUCUGUGCUGCGCUGUGUGCGUCUGCUCCGCAUCUUCAAGAUCACCAGGUACUGGAACUCUCUCAGUAAUCUGGUGGCAUCUCUGCUGAACUCGGUGCGCUCUAUCGCGUCCCUGCUUCUGCUGCUCUUCCUGUUCAUCAUCAUCUUCAGUCUGCUCGGAAUGCAGCUCUUUGGUGGCAAGUUCAACUUUGACGAGACGCGCCGCAGCACCUUCGACAACUUCCCCCAGUCUCUCCUCACCGUCUUUCAGAUUUUGACCGGAGAGGACUGGAACUCUGUGAUGUACGAUGGGAUCAUGGCGUACGGUGGACCCUCCUUUCCUGGCAUGCUCGUCUGCAUUUAUUUCAUCAUCCUCUUCAUCUGCGGAAACUACAUCCUCCUGAAUGUCUUCUUGGCCAUUGCUGUGGACAACCUGGCAGACGCAGAGAGUCUGACAUCAGCGCAGAAAGAGGAAGAGGAGGAGAAAGAGAGGAAGAAGCUGGCUAGAACGGCCAGUCCAGAGAAGCGUCAGGACUCUGAGAAACCACCUCUGGAGGAUGAAAAGAAAGAGGAAAAGAUUGAACUAAAAUCCAUCACUUCUGAUGGAGAGACGCCAACUGCUACUAAGAUCAACAUCGAUGAGUACACAGGGGAGGAGAAUGAGGAGAAGAAUCCAUAUCCUGUGAACGAUUUCCCAGCAGGAGAGGAGGACGAUGAGGAGCCAGAGAUGCCAGUAGGUCCUCGUCCACGUCCGCUCUCCGACAUUCAGCUGAAGGAGAAAGCUGCCCCCAUGCCAGAAGCCAAAGCUUUCUUUAUUUUCAGCUCCUCUAACAAGUUCAGGGUUUUGUGUCAUAAGAUUGUAAACCAUAACAUCUUCACCAAUUUAAUCCUGUUCUUUAUACUGCUGAGCAGUAUUUCACUGGCAGCGGAGGACCCAGUGAAUAAUGACUCAUUCAGGAAUCAGAUUCUAGGCUAUGCAGAUUAUGUGUUUACAGGAAUCUUCACCAUAGAGAUCAUAUUAAAGAUGACAGCGUAUGGAGCGUUCCUACAUAAGGGUUCAUUUUGUCGGAAUUAUUUUAAUAUUUUGGAUCUGGUGGUGGUCAGUGUGUCUCUGAUCUCCUCUGGAAUUCAGUCAAGUGCCAUUAAUGUAGUGAAGAUUCUCAGAGUGCUGAGGGUGUUGAGGCCCCUGAGAGCAAUCAACAGAGCCAAGGGCCUCAAACAUGUGGUCCAGUGUGUGUUUGUAGCCAUCCGUACCAUCGGGAACAUCGUCAUCGUCACCACUUUGCUGCAGUUCAUGUUUGCCUGUAUUGGUGUUCAGCUUUUCAAGGGCAAAUUCUCCUACUGCACAGACACCUCUAAACAGACACAGGCCGAAUGCCGGGGGUCCUAUAUAUUAUACAAAGACGGGAAUGUUGGGAAGCCAGAGAAAGCACAGCGUUCAUGGGAGAACAGUGAAUUCAACUUUGAUGAUGUCCUGCAGGGCAUGAUGGCUCUGUUUGCCGUGUCCACUUUUGAGGGCUGGCCAGGGCUCCUCUACAGAGCCAUCGACUCCCAUACCGAGGAUGUUGGCCCAGUCUACAACUACCGUGUGAUCAUCUCUAUAUUCUUCAUCAUCUACAUCAUCAUCAUCGCCUUCUUCAUGAUGAACAUAUUCGUAGGUUUCGUCAUUGUCACAUUUCAGGAGCAGGGAGAGCAAGAGUACAAAAACUGUGAGCUGGACAAGAACCAGCGUCAGUGUGUGGAAUAUGCCCUGAAGGCCCGUCCCCUGCGCAGGUACAUCCCCAAGAACCCGUAUCAGUACAAGGUGUGGUACGUGGUCAACUCCACCUACUUUGAGUACCUGAUGUUCACCCUCAUCCUUCUCAACACCAUCUGCCUGGCCAUGCAGCAUCAUGGCCAAUCUCAGUCCUUCAGCAAAGCCAUGAAUAUCCUCAAUAUGUUGUUCACCGGCCUCUUCACUGUGGAAAUGAUCCUCAAACUCAUCGCCUUCAAACCCAGGGGUUACUUUAGUGACCCCUGGAAUGUUUUUGACUUCCUCAUCGUAAUUGGCAGCAUUAUAGACGUCAUUCUGAGUGAGAUCAACCCAGCUGACCCCUCCUCCUCUACCCCCUCCUCUGUGGUAAGACCAAUGGGCCUCCAAAACACUGAAGAUAACGCCAGGAUUUCAAUCACGUUCUUUCGGCUGUUCCGUGUGAUGAGGCUGGUGAAGCUUCUGUCUCGGGGAGAGGGCAUUCGGACGCUGCUCUGGACCUUCAUUAAAUCCUUUCAGGCUCUUCCCUAUGUUGCUUUACUCAUCGUAAUGCUGUUCUUCAUCUACGCCGUCAUUGGGAUGCAGAUGUUUGGUAAGAUUGCCCUGAGGGACAACAGCCAGAUCAACCGAAACAACAACUUCCAGACGUUUCCUCAGGCUGUUCUGCUGCUCUUCAGGUGUGCAACGGGGGAGGCAUGGCAGGAAAUCAUGCUGGCCUGUGCCCCGGACCGCCCGUGUGAGAAGGGGUCAGAGGUCAACCACAACAGUGAACACUGUGGCAGCAACUUUGCCAUCAUCUACUUUGUUAGCUUUUAUAUGCUUUGCGCCUUCCUGAUCAUUAACCUCUUCGUGGCCGUCAUCAUGGACAACUUUGACUAUUUAACACGUGAUUGGUCGAUAUUGGGGCCACAUCACCUAGAUGAGUUUAAGCGGAUAUGGGCAGAAUACGAUCCUGAGGCCAAGGGUCGGAUAAAGCACCUGGAUGUGGUGACAUUACUGCGCAGGAUUCAGCCUCCCCUUGGAUUUGGAAAGCUUUGUCCACACAGAGUGGCAUGCAAGCGGCUUGUGUCCAUGAACAUGCCUCUCAAUAGUGACGGGACGGUGAUGUUCAACGCAACUCUCUUUGCUCUAGUAAGAACGGCUCUACGCAUCAAAACUGAAGGUGUGAUAGUGUCAUACACGCAAAUACAAUUCAUAAACACGCAUUCAUCUAAUACACAUCCCAACUUCUAUGCACAGAAAAGUCAAUGUUUGGAUGUGUUUGUGUCAGGUAACCUGGAGCAAGCAAAUGAGGAACUCAGAGCCAUCGUGAAGAAGAUCUGGAAGAGGACGAGCAUGAAGCUGUUGGAUCAAGUUGUUCCCCCUGCUGGAGAUGAUGAAGUAACCGUUGGGAAGUUCUAUGCCACAUUCCUGAUUCAGGAAUACUUCAGGAAAUUUAAGAAGCGCAAGGAACAGGGCCUGGUGGCCAAAAUUGCCCCAAAGACUGCUCUUUCACUGCAGGCUGGCCUGCGUACACUGCAUGAUAUGGGUCCUGAGAUCAGAAGAGCGAUAUCAGGAGAUCUGACUGUGGAGGAGGAGCUAGAGAGAGCAAUGAAGGAAACCGUGUGUGCUGCUUCUGAGGAUGAUAUCUUCAGGCGGUCUGGCGGUCUCUUCGGUAACCACGUCAACUACUACCACCAGAGUGAUGGCCACGCCUCCUUCCCACAGUCCUUCACAACACAGCGGCCGUUGCACAUCAGUAAAUCCGGGAGUCCCGGCGAGGCAGAAUCUCCCUCUCAUCAGAAGCUCGUCGACGCCACCUUCACUCCGAGCAGUUACUCUUCCUCAGGAUCCAACGCAAACAUCAACAACGCCAACAACACAGCCAUCGGACACCGGUACCCCAAACCUACCGUCAGCACAGUGGAUGGAAACACGGGGCCACCCCUCACCACUGUCCCACUACCACGGCCCACAUGGUGCUUUCCUAACAAGAGGAGCUGUUUCUAUGACACUUUCAUGCGCUCUGAUUCCAGUGACAGUCGUCUCCCUAUAAUACGGCGAGAGGAAGCAUCUACAGAUGAGACGUACGAUGAAACAUUUCUAGACGAGAGAGAUCAGACCAUGCUCUCAAUGGACAUGCUGGAAUUUCAGGAUGAAGAGAGCAAGCAACUGGCUCCAAUGGUGGAGGCAGAUGUAGGGGAAGAGAGGAGGCCGUGGCAGUCUCCACGAAGACGGGCGUUUCUCUGCCCCACUGCACUGGGUCGACGGUCUUCCUUUCACUUCGAGUGUCUCAGAAAACAUAACAGACCUGAUGUUUCUCAGAAAACAGCACUACCAUUGCACCUAGUGCAUCAUCAGGCUUUGGCUGUGGCAGGGUUGAGUCCCCUGCUGAGACGGAGUCAUUCUCCGACGCUGUUCACGCGUCUGUGCUCCACACCUCCUGCGAGUCCCAGCGGCCGCAGCGGGGGCGGGCCGUGCUACCAGCCCGUUCCGUCCCUGCGGCUAGAGGGCAGCGGAUCUUAUGAGAAACUCAACAGCAGCAUGCCGUCUGUGAACUGCAGCUCGUGGUACAGUGACAGUAAUGGCAACCACAGCAGGAGUGUGCAGAGGACGCAGCGACCCGUGUCCCUCACAGUUCCUCCGGUCACACGCAGAGACUCCACAUCCCUGUCGCACGGGAGCGCCUGCAGCCUCGUGGAGGCCGUGUUGAUAUCCGAGGGUUUGGGUCGCUAUGCACAGGAUCCCUCCUUCAUCCAGGUAGCGAAGCAGGAACUAGCGGACGCCUGCGACAUGACCAUGGAGGAGAUGGAGAACGCUGCUGACAACAUUCUCAACGCCAACACACCGCCCAACGCCAACGGAAACCUGCUACCCUUCAUACAGUGCAGAGACACUGGCUCGCAGGAGUCCCGUUACAGCCAUGUGCUGGGCCUCUCGACCGCCACGGGCUCUGACGAGCUGCUGGGGGCGGAGCUAGAGUUCUCCGACGGGGCAGGCCAGCGGAACAGCUCUCUGAUGGAGGACGAGGACAUGGAGUGCGUGACCAGUUUGUAGGGGUAACAGCAGCAGCAACGGAGGACUUCCUGUGUCUUAGCCAAGCUCUCUCUGAGGACACUGCUGUCCUGCAGUCUGACCCGUCUGUUCCGUGUACCUACCGUAGGGGUAUAAGGCCAUUCUGCUUAGCCGAGACCAAGUUGGUUUUUAGUUCGUCCGUGUGUUUGCGAGAGCACGAGCGAGUAGGCGUGUGUACAUGUUUGUGUGUGCGUGUUUCUAAAGUGCCUCACAGUUCUCACAACCUUGAUUCCAGUAAGGAAACGGAACCCUGACUGAGCAGGGAAUGAAGGGAAAAGAUGCGCUGUGUGUGGCAGUAGGGCUCGACAGCCGCAGAAUCGGCGUGGGCGCUCGGUGACGAGCAGGUGGAUCUUGAGGGCCGUGUUGGGAAUUUGCUGCCCGGGGGUCAUCACGUGUUCGAGAGAUGUUCACAGGGGGACACAUUGGAGCAGCUCUCUUUCCUUUCCAUCCAUCUGUUCAUCAGGAGAAGUGUUGUCUGCAAACUCCCUCACGUCAUCCUUCUCCUUCACGGCUUUCUUUUGUGUUCAGUUGAUGAUUUUCGCUGCUUUUUUUGGAUUUGAUUUCUCUAGUUAAGCCUGCACAUAGCUUUUCCUUUUAUCAGUGGAAGACUGAACUCUUUGAAUUGCUCUCUUUCUUGUGUACCGUUACGGCUUUCAGGUAACUGCUAGCUGUGCAAGGUACGGGGUCAUUGCAUCAGUGGCCUUUUAUUCCAGAUCUGCUUCAGGUUUUAUUUCCUUGUUUAUUUUCCAGCAUUUAGUGUUUAUAAUGUUGAUUGCACACAGAUGGAUGCAUUUUUUUUCUUAAAUUAUUAUUAUUAUUAUUAUUGAAGCCGUUUAAGGUGUUUAUGCCAGAUGCAGUGUUGUGAAUCUAAUGCCUCUUACAGACACACAAAAAAUAUAUUUAUUUAUUUAUUUCUGUCAGAGGUGAAGCGUGUUCCGCCGGGGGUUCAGUCUCUCUCACAAUGUUUAUUGGUAGCUCACAAGCUGUAAAUGAGCGGUGUCACUCACCUGGACGCAGGUAGCACUGACAGGUCUCAUGGCUGCUGUUGGAUCGGACUCACGUUUGCUCUGAAACUACUGACGUUUCUUCACUGCUGAUCUCCAAAAACAUUCAGCCGACAGCUGCGAUCCUGUCACGAUCCCACCUGCUCGACACAGGAAACAGCAGAUCUUCGGAAGGUCAGUAAAGGUGCACUUUGAGGAGAGGAAGGGUGGAGUAUUCAGGGAUGUCUGGGUAGCGCAUCAUUAAAAAACAACUCUAAUAUAGUUCACACAGGGCUAAAUAUAUGACCAUCAUUAUGAAAGUACCAACAUCAGCAGUGUCAUCAUCAUACAAUGUUAUUGAUUGCUAUUAUUAUUACUAUUAUUGUUAAGGAUAUUUUUCUGCUGCGUUCAACACUGUUUCCAUGCAGUUCGGCAGACACACAGAGAACUAUUUAUUGAUCUAUUAUGCAAAUAAGGUGUUGAAGCGUUAGCAUUGUGUUGGUAAUGUGUCGACGGGAUGGAGUGCAUCCCCCAAACACAUGCGCUGAUGAGAAACCUGACCAAUCCACUUCCAGGCAUCUCUCUGUUUGUGCCACACUAGACCGGGUUAGAAGUUUUGCACACUACUUCAGACGAUAUGAAUUUCUUUUUCCAUGUAUGAAUAGAUAAUUGACUAUUUUUGUCUUGCUGACAAUUCACUUUCUCACGUUUGGUUCCAGGUCUGUAACAUCGCAUUCAAUCUCAGUCUCUAGUCCUGUGCCAUUUUUUUUUUUUUUUUGAUUGAUUGAUUGAGUUCCUGAAUGUUUACAGGAGAUCUCUGCUCUGAGGACGAUGCAAAGCUUGUGAAAAAAACAUGAAAAUGUAGCCAGAACCCACCUGCUCUGUUCCAAAGCCGCCCCCACACCCUCAUAUCCCCUACACACACGUGCCAUAUGUCAUUGUGAGGCUGCCCCAGGCAUAUUUUGAGGCCUUGGUUGUGUACGUGUGUGAGUUUCUCCGUGUUUAGCAUAUGCAGAGUGCGAGCGCGUUCGUGUGGUGUUCGUGUUAGCAUAUGCAGGAUGAGUGAGUGAGUGCAUGCGUAUGUGCUUGCAUACCACAAGAUAUGCAAAAACAAUGCAAUAACUUUUGACUGUACAACAGUUUCCUUCAGAACUACAGCUGUACAAAAAUCUAAUAUACAGAGAGAAAUAUAUUCACUGUUGUGUAUUAAGUUACAGAACUUUAAAUUGAAGAAACCUGUCAUACUUGAAAUCGGGUGCAUCUGAGUAUUGAGUAUUUUGAAAUAAUCUUGUGCGGGUCAGUUUGGUUCGAUGUUUUUCUUCUGUUGGUUUCAAUUAUCUCUGCAUGAGGAUUCUUUUGGUGUGCCAAGCGUUUUGAGUAACUAUUUCUUUGUUGUUUUCAUUUUUAAAACAUUGAGGAAACACUGAUGACGAGGAGCGAAAGGUGUAAAUACAGAUGGAGGAGAGAAGCGUCUCGUUGGUGUGAAAAAUGAUUUUGCAUAUCUUGUGCUCAGCUGAAAGGUGCAUGAUACGCAAGAGCAGCUCUCUCUCUUUCACUCUCGCUUUUUCCCCCCUUUAUCUUUUCAUUCGCUCACCCUCCUUGUCCUUUCUUCAGCAGACAUCACAGUGGAGGCGUUUUAUUACGGCACCGGUGAACAGGCUCACUUUAAAUAGUUGGUCAUGCACAUAAAUUCUCGCUAUUAUUUGAGGCUGCAAGUGGAAACAUUAGAAAUCCCCUUUCAUUCCUCAAGUCUCAUGGGACAAUCUGCAUUGGGCGAGGAGAUUUAGGUUGGAUGCUAAGCUUGAUUUUUUUUUUUAAAAAGGAGUCUAAAGAAUUGACCUAGCGGAUGGAGUCCUCCUCUCCUUUCAUUAGCCAAUGAUUGUAUAUUUUUAUAGACUUAUAGAAAAGAAUUAACACAUAAGAAGAGACAAUAUAAACUCAUCUAUAUCUGCUGAAUGUCAGGGUUAAAACUGCUACACACAACCGUCUUUGAGAAUGUAUGUAGUGACUAUGUAUAAAUAGAAGUAAAAUGAUAGAGAAAUAUAGAGUAAAUCAUUCGUAUUCACCACAGUAGCUCCUUUUGAAAGCGGGAUGGUUGGGUGUUUUUGCUGAGGGAGGAGUGCAAUGAGAUUAAUCAUGUGAUUUUGAAUCCGAGGGCUUUUUCACAGCUGCUUUAUUCAGAUCAACGCAUCACGUAUCCCUCCGAGCACCUGCACACGUUAGAACAGUGUGGAAAAGCCACCAGCUUUCAUGAGACAAAAGCAGCGCCUGUGUUCAAAUGAAUACACUAAUGAAUGAACACAGAGAGCUGUCUGCUCAGGCCUUGGGGAAAUGUACCAAAUAUUUGACUGAAUAUUUUAUUAGUUGCUCAGUGAGGUUUUUGCCCAAAUGGUUGUAAUGUAGCUUUUCUUCUCUCAGAGAAUCAGAAGUUAUUUUCUAUAUUUUAAUAUAUGAGAACUAUUUAUCAGAUGAAAGUCUGGAUGAUAUUUGGCACUGGAAUGUCGAUGAUGACAUUUCAGCAGGGCAAGUGUAGGUUGCUCUCCUGAUGGACUUUGAUUGAUUGUGGCUUGUAUUUCGGUUUACUAUCUGUAGCAGUAGCGUGCACAAGUUUCCCCAAUAAAAAAAAAAUAUAUAUAUAUUGAAAAAAAUGGUUUGAUGCAUUUAAAUGCAUUUAAUGCUGAAUAUUUUUGGAAAUAUAAACCCCUUAGAAAAGAGUAAACAUAUUAAACUGCAGUUUUUUUUUUGUUUUUUUUAUCUUUAGUGUUUGUUUUAUUUGGAUAAACCCAGUAAUUCAUGAACACAAAAUGUUAGUGGAUUUUUUAAGGACAUCUGUAGUUCAAGCAUCAGCAUUCGGGCCGUCCGGUGUUUCUGGGUUCAUGCGUGUUCGUAUGCCAAUUCUGCAAGUGUCAGACUGAAGGAACGUGCCGUGGGGUUGACCUUUGACCCAGAGAAAGCCUGGACAGAUGCAAUGUCUGCCCUCUGGUUUAACCUUUGUGUAGCACGUAUCUCUAAUGUCCUCCUUUAUAUGACUGUUAAUUUGAUAUUAUAAGUUAAUGUAGUGUGUUAAUGAGUUUUAACGAUAAACUAAAAGCUAAGGUGGUGAUGCAAUAAUCACAAUUUGCACAUUUAAACCACGUUUAGUUUGACACAUCGUACACAUAAUCCAAGUAAAGGAUGAAUUUAUGCAUAGAUUUUAGCUGUCGUGUAAAUAUUGAUUUCGCCCAAAGCUCAAAAUGUCAAUCUUGCCAUCUUGUUUCAUUUCCACGGGUGGGACGAUAUUUAAUACAGAUUUGUUCAAGCCGUCUCCUGCAGUAGGUGAGAAAGGCUCUUCAGUGUUUUUAGUGCACUGAUAGCAUUCAAAACCCCAACAGUGGGGAAGGGAAAUGCAAAACCAUUUAUAUGAACCAAUUUGAGGUUUUCGAGUGGCAUUUCCCCGCCUCUAGUUCCACCCAGCGAAUGUAGCACUAGAGACAGAAGAAGAUGGGCGGAACGGUAACGGUUAUGAUGAGGAGCUCAAAGAGUUACUAUAUUGCACAAAUCUCCAUGUAUGAGUGAACGUUUUAACAACUUAUUCUUUACCACAUCCUGCUUUCUUUCUGCAGAGAUGGAAGUAAUGCUCUGUUUGAUGGCGUUGAGCUCUGGGCUUGAUUUGUUGGGUCUCUUUUUCUCUAAUGGGUGGCAGGAUGCUCACUCGUCUACAGACGCAGUCCGCGAUUCUUUCCGUUAUAGAGGCUGUAACCCGAAGCUGCAUUACACUAUUUUCCAGUUGGAGGCGAUUCGGUUUAUGUUUAACCACUUAAGACUCGCGAAGGGAGGAGUCAUUGAGCGGAUCGUCUCAAUUUAUUUUCGGUGACCAUACGAACAGCUUCUAUAGUUUUGAUUGACGGUGCGGACGGGAAGUGUAGUCUCGAGGUCCUGAGCUGUUUGUUAGAUUAACAAGCUGAAGUAAAAUUAGAUGCGUGUCGUGCUUUUGGUAGAAUUCGAAGGCAUCAGUGCUGACCAUUCAGGUCUCUCACGAAACACCGUCAGAGGUCAUUCACGUUUUGGACUUAUUUAAUGGAGUUUAGACCCCAGGUGUUCUUGAAAACUCUGUGAGACGUCUGCAUGGUCUGUCAUUCCCUCCUCUACUUUUGCUGAGACUCUUUUGUUUCGUUUCAUCAUUCUUUCAUUUGUUCAUUUAGAUUUUAAAAAGAAUACGCUACGUAAAAUCUGAAGAUUCAAUCACUUUUUCUACUCCUAUUUUCAAAAAAAAAAAGUGAAAUGAAAAAAAAAAAAUUGGAUUUGUAAAUAAGUGAUUGUACAGUUUGUAUCUGUAUCUGUCAGUCUGUCUUUGGUGACAGAGUGUGUCUUGCUUAUAACGCACGCUACCAGUAAAUAAAAACUCAAAAAUAUCUUUAGAUUGUAUGGUUCUUGACAGGAAGUUUUAAAUUAAUCUCUGCUGUAUAUUCCUGUAAUAUUGCAUUUUUAUCUGAGGAAUGAUGUUAUUAAACAAUUGCAAAUAAAGUGAAUUUCCUAA